AUACAGACUUUGAAGUGAAUCGAGCGCAGAAAAACGGAUGAGUUUGAUGCUCGCGGAGGUCUAUAUACUUUCUGCGCAGGCGCGCUCCUUCCUUUUUGCUGAACGUGUCAGCCAUGGCUCCGACACUGAAGAAGCCGGUCGUUCGAAAGCAGGGUGGAAAGAAGAAGAAGCAGCUCCUGAAGUUCACUCUGGACUGCACCCAUCCCGUUGAAGAUGGCAUUAUGGACGCUGCCAACUUUGAGCAGUUCCUGCAGGAGAGAAUUAAAGUGAAUGGAAAAGCUGGAAACCUUGGAGGCGGAGUGGUGUCCAUCGAGAGAAGCAAGAGCAAGAUUGCUGUGAAUUCUGAGGUCCCCUUCUCUAAAAGGUACUUGAAAUACCUGACUAAAAAGUACCUGAAAAAGAACAAUCUCAGAGACUGGUUGCGUGUUGUGGCCAAUACCAAGGAGAGCUACGAGCUGCGCUACUUCCAGAUCAACCAAGACGAAGAGGAGGAGGAUGAGGAUUAAACCUGGCACCACCACUUUUAAUAAAAAUAUAUCUGGAAAAAAGAUAA